AUGUCGAAUGCGACUUUGAUUGCGCGUUUCUCUGAACAAACGAUAUCAAGUGACAGUGGGAAUCCGACUGUUUCUCGCACUAUUCUUUUUACCUUACUUGGGACACUAUUCACCUCAAUCACAUUCAACUGGGUAUCGCAAUGGCUAGAAAGGGGACGAUGGCUCUUCAAUGGCCCUCAAUUACUGGCGGAAAAAUACAAAAAUGGCAUCCCCUUCACGAUCAAGACGCCGGAGAGGAUGUACACACUGGUCUCAUCUCCGGAACAUAUCAAAGAGUUGGGUAUCGCGAGCGAAUCAAAACUCUCUUUACUGGCAACCGCAGAAGAGGUCUUUCAACCUCACCACACAAUGAACGGUGUUGAACUGAAUCGACUGGGUCUUCAGCAUCGCAUUCUGCGAUCUCUGACCUCUAAUUUUCCCCGAAUGCAGGAUACGUUGGGGUCUCUGGCACGAGAAUCCCUUACGAAUGAGUUGAAUAAAUUUCCAUCAAAUUCUUGUUGGAAAAGUGUGAGUAUAUGGGAUCUUGCCCAAAACGUAAUCGCAACCACGAACACAUAUACUUUUUACAGUGAAGAUCUUAGCAGAGAUUCUGAAUUUAUCAAAGCUGCUGUUCAGUAUCCCCAGGACGUCUUUAUUGCUUCUGAAGUCCUGCGUUGUACCCCCUCGUUUUUGGCGCCGCUAGUAGCCUGGAUUGUUACUGGCGGCCAUAAGGCUUCCAAGCACCUGAUCGACGGUUUGAUUCCCAUGGUCAAGGAGCGAAUCGAGACCUUCUCCAAGACUUCUCAACGCCCGCGCGACUACAUUGAACACAUAAUCCACCUCUACCCAGAAGGUAUAGCCAAUCGUGUACCCAAUAUGGUGCGACAAACUCUCGCACUUUGGUUUGCUGGUGUGCACCAACCUGCAAUUAGCCAGACUCUUUUUCAUGCCCUCGUUGAUCUAUGUAAAUAUCCGGAGUACCAAAAAGCAUUAUACGAAGAAAUCCAAUCGAACAUAAAUGACUACGGAUCUCUACAAAUCAACAAACUCCCCCUCCUAGACAGUUUCCUGAAGGAGUCCGCGCGACUGACCACCUCAGAGACAAUCUCCCUUCGACGCAAAGCAAUGAACGACUAUGCCUUCCAAGAUGGCACGAAAGUGGCCAAGGACGACUGGGUCUGUGUUCCGCAACGCGCGCUCAUGCGAGAUCCCACGAUCUACCCCAAUCCGGAAUCAUUCAACGGAUACCGCUUUCUCGAGCAGCAGCUCGAAUCAUCUACCAAGCGAGCAGCCAAAUUCACGGAUCUCGAUCCUGCAUAUCCCAUUUGGGGACUUGGGAAACAAGCUUGCCCUGGGAGGUUCUACGCUGCGUUCAUCCUCAAGAUUGUACUCACAGAGAUUAUAACGAACUAUGAUGUCAGGCUGCGAAACCCCAAUGAGCGCCGGACGUUCAGUUGGCGGUCAAGUAUGCUUCCCUGGCCUACCUCGCGGAUCGAGAUGCGGAUGAAGGAAGAGGCAAAUUAA